CAGCCCGGCCCAGGACGACGACAAGAGACGAGGCAGACGCGCGCGGAAGCUUUGGAUCAGAUUUUCCUGCGGCUGCGGCUGCGGCUGCAUGCGAGUGCGACCGAGGCCGAGGCAGGAGCAGCGUGAGCGUGAGCGAGCACGUAGCGUCAGCUCCAACGCCCCACGGCUCGUCGUUUCCGAGCGCGCGCGCAGGGAAAUCAUCGCCGCCGCUUGGCCGCUUCCUCGCUUUCUUCCACGAUCGACCCUUGCCUCCUCUUUUAAGCCCCGUCUCGCCCCCCCCGCCUUGUUUGUUACCCCGGCCCUGCUUCUCGUGACCCCUCUCUGCGUAGUGCAGUGCUGCAGCCAGCCCCUGUGGGAAGGUCUCCACUCCAUCGAUGGGCGCGGCUACGGAGGUGGCGAGGGCGGCGCCGCUGGCGGCCGCCAAGAGGAGGUCGACGACGCUGCUGCACCUGCUGCAGCUCGAGAACCCCGACGGCGUGUUCGUGUUCACGCUGCCGCCGCCGUCGCCGGAGCCCGAGGCCGAGACGCUCAUCGACAAGAUCGGCUCCUGCUGCCGCGUCUUCGCCUUCUCCGACGCCGGCGAGCCCGCCUCCGAGCGCGACGCCAAGCGUGAGCGCCUCUCGGAGGUGCUCGACGCCGUCCGCUCCUCGUCAACCAGCAUCGACACGAAGAAUAAGCAACAGCCAGCGCCGGGGCUGGACCAUCGGGUCAUGGCGGCGCUCGUCAAGAUGCUCGCGGCAAACCUGUUCCGCGAAAUGCCGCCCCCGCCGCCGUCCGCGUCCUGCCCGCUCGCCGACGCGCCCGCCGCCAUCGACGAGGAGUCGCCCGCGGUCUCCCUCCUCCCGUCGUGGCCGCACCUGCAGGCCGUCUACGACAUCCUCCUCGCCAUGGUCGCCGGCGCCGGGGACGACGACGCCACCAAAUCCCUCCGCCACCACCUCGACCGCCGCUUCCUCGCCAGCCUCGUCUCCCUCUUCGCCUCCGACGACCCCCGCGAGCGUGACCGCCUCAAGACGGCCUACCACAUGCUCUACUCCAAGCUCACUCCGGACCGCGCCUUCAUGCGCCGCUCCAUGGCCGCCGCCCUCCUCCGCUUCGCCCACCACGACUCCUCCUCAUCAUCCCCGGCGGGCGUCGGGGAGCUGCUCGAGAUCUGCGGCAGCAUCAUCAACGGCUUCGCCGUGCCGCUCAAGGAGGAGCACCGGGGGUUCCUGCUCCGGGUGCUCAUGCCGCUGCACCGGACGCGGUGGCUCCACGCGUACCACCGCCAGCUCGUCUACUGCGUUCUGCAGUUCGUGCACAAGGAGCCGGCGCUCGUUGGUGCGGUCGUCCAGGGGAUCCUCCGCCGCUGGCCGGUCACCAACUGCCAGAAGGAAGUGCUGCUCAUCGACGAGCUGGAGGAGAUCGUCGAGGUGCUCCAGCAGGACCAGUUCGACGCGCUCGCCGUGCCCAUCUGCUCCCGGAUCGCGCGCUGCGCCACUAGCUGCAGCUCUCAGGUGGCAGAGAGGGCGCUGUACGUGUGGAACAACGAGAGGUUCCUGGAGCUUGCGUGCUCCAGCUCCGACGGGGGCGCGACGAUGGAGAGGAUCCUGCCGGCGUUCGUGGCGAGCAUCGAGGACAACCUGGAGCGGCACUGGAGCAAGUGCGUGCGGGACGUCACGGGGAGCGUCAAGGCCCUGCUCCAGCAGAUGGCGCCCGAGAUGUACGCCCGCUGCGCCGCGGGCCUCGCCGCCAGCCGCGCCGAGGCUGACGCCGACGCCGACGCCAGGGCCGACCGGUGGCGGAGGAUCGAGGCAGCCGCAGCCGCGAACGCCGCGACGUAGCCGCGCGCUGCACCGUUUUGGUUGUGUUUUGGUGUUGGGUUUGUGUACGUGCGCCCAUGUUGGCGUGGGCGAGUGAUGGCACGGCAAAGGGUGCCAUCUUUGGUUUCGGCGCGUCCGCAGUGGUAGUGUUGUGUAGAUCUGUAGGACCGUGUGUGUGUUCAUUCUCGAGGCACAUGGGUGCCGUACCGGAUAAGUGUAACUGGAUUCUUUGGUACAAGAAGAAAAGUUGUCGCAUUUUGUCUGCAGUUUAAUUGCACAGAACGACAUUGAAAAAGGAAAUGAGAACACAUGGGAUCUUAGACUCUCA